UGCGAGCAAUUUAUAGCGCCCAACUCCUAUAAAUGUAGAAUUUUGGCAGAUGCGUUUACCAUCUUAACAUGAAGUCCUUUAUCGUGCACAGCCUGCGAUCAAGUGCGAAUCUUCUUAUAAUAUUGUGCUUCAUAAUGAGUUCAGUAGAGUUGAAGCUACGGCCAGACGUAAUAGUUCAUUGGGAAAACUACCACAUUCGGUAUUUUGACACUUGUGUAAAAGAAACGGGCGUGGACCCUAUGAUUCCGAGGACGAUGCUUAGGCAAAUUAAUCUUCCCGACGAAGAGAGCUUUCACUGCUAUCUGAAAUGUAUUUUUCAAUACAAUCAUAUGUUGACGCCCGAUGGAAAGGAUAUUGAUUAUGAUGCCUUUGGGGCAGAUAUUCACGUGACGCCAGAAGUGCUGAAGGUGUGCAGGGAAUUGGGUGGAACUGAAUCGGAAAUAUGUAGGAAAACUUACCUCGUUGCUAAGUGCACAAUAGAUGACAAAGUCAAUUCCAGUGGCCGAUAAGUUAUAUAAGUUGCACUUGUCUUUGUUCACUUUUAAUUGUUCCAUCACCAAGGGCGUAGCAUUUAAGAAAUAAAAUAUAUUAGUUUCUA